AUCAUAGUUUAUGAAGUCAAAGGGAGGCUGACUUACUUUUGUAAGAGGACUCAGAACAAUGGGAGAAGAAACAAAGAUGUUUACCAUGAGGCUUCACAUUAACUUCUUAACCAAAUCCUUUUCUAGAGUGAGUCAUUUUCCUUCUUGUCCUUUUUUUUCCCUCCACUGAGGCCAAAUUGUAUACUUCAGACUCCAGCAUUCUCCUGGGAGGGGCAGUAUGGAUCCUAGGAAAGUUCAUAGUGAGAUGCAGUACUUACCAAAACUGAAUCAGGACUUUAUACAUUCUGAAGAGCGCCGUUUCCUUUGGGAGUCAGCGGAAAGCAUAGAAAAUUCCAUGUCUCCCACUUCAAGCCAUACAACUGCAGGGAAGAUGGUCACUGCAGCAGAUAAGCUCCUGAAAGAGACUGGGAACAAGGAGACUGAUUUGGAAAUUGAUGCAGAGGAGGUGAAGGAAGCAGACCAAUAUGAUCACCAAAAGAUGGGAAACCAAAACUUACAGGAACCAAAUGCAGCCAUUAGUGACUGUAACAGAGCCAUAGAACUCAACCCUAACUUAGCCCAGCCUUACAAGUUGCGAGGAAAAGCACUCAAGCUUCUAGGGCUGUUAGAAGAAGCAGCCUGUGACCUGGCCUUGGCUUGCAAACUGAGUUGUAAUGAAGAUGCCAGGGAUAUAGUAAAGGAAGUUCAGGUGAGAAACCCAAAGAACUCUGAACACAAAACUAAAAAUGAGAAAAAUUACAAGUACAGAAUGACACUGGAGAGAGUAAAAAAAGCUCUGGCAAAAGGAAGCACUAAUAAGACAUUCCUGAGGGAUCAGGAAAAAGCUCAGAAGGAGGAGUCCAGUGAAGAAAGUGAGCUGGAGAUUGAUAAUGAAGGGGUGAUUGAACCCGACAGGGAUGAGCCCCAGGAGAUGGGAGAUGAAAAUCUAAAGGUAACAGGCGAAAUGACGAAUCAGGCCACAGAAAAGAAGAGGGAGGCCUUUGAUGCAAUGCGUAAAGGAGAACUUCAUAGAGCUGUUGAUUUAUUCACAGAUGCCAUCAAACUAAACCCCCGCCAUACAAUCUUAUAUGCUAAUCGAGCUAGUGUCUAUGUGCAGUUGCAGAAGCCAAAUGCUGCCAUUAGAGACUGUGACAGAGCCAUAAAAAUCAACCCUGACUCCGCACAGCCCUACAAAUGGCGAGGGAGAGCAUUCCGACUUCUGGGUUACUGGCAGGAGGCUGCCAAGGACCUCUCCUUGGCCUGUCAGCUGGAUUAUGAUGAAGAGACCAAUGCCAUUCUGAAAGAGGUACAACCAAGAGCACAGAAAAUCAUCCAACACUGGAGGAAGUAUGAGCAAAAGUGCAAGGAAGAUGAACUUAAGGAGCUAGCAAAAAGGAGGAAGAAAGUCUUGGAGGAGCAGGAAAGAGCUCAGAAAGACCUGGAAGAACUAGAGAUAGAUGAGAAAGCAGCCAUGGAAAAACAGGAGAAAGUUCAGGAGAAGGUAAUGAAAGAACCGGAGACAGCUGAGCAGAUAUUGCUAGGACAGGAGGAAACUCAACAGGAACCAGUGAAGGAACAAGACUCAAUUCAGCAGAUGGAUCUGGAGAAACAGUUGAUAGCUUUGCAGCUAGAGCUGGAAGAACAGUUGCAAAGUCAGCAGAUACAGCUGGAGGAAGAGGAGAGAGCUCUGCAGAAGUUGCUGAAGGAACAGGAGAGGACACAUAAGAAGGUGCUGGAAGAACAGGUGAGAACCCAGAUGAAGGCUCUGGAGGAACUGGAGAGAGCUCAACAACUGGCUUUGAAGGAACUGGGAAAAGCUCAGAAGAAGAUCUUAGAGGAUCAGGAGAAAGCUCAGAAGGCAAUUCUAGAAGAACAGGAGAAAGCUCAGAAGCAAUCCCAGGAGGAAAAGGAGAGGGCUGAGAAGGCCCUGGAGAAAUUGACAAGAGCUCAGAAAAUGGCCCUGGAGGAACUGGCAAUUGCUCAGAAAAAAGGCCUGGAAGAACAUGAAAGAGCACAGCAAAAGGCUUUGGUGGAGCAAAGGAAAGCUCAGAUGGCUAUGGAAGAACUGGAGAAAGCUCACAGGAAGCAAGAAAAAGCACAAAAAGAUGCCCUAGAGGAGCAGAGGAGAGCUCAGAAGACCUUAGAGGUACUAGAAAGAGAUCAGAGAAAAGCCAUGGAGGAGCAGAAGAGAGCUCAAAAGAAAGCCAUAGAGGAACAGGAAAAGGCCCAGAAAGCCCUGGAAGAAUUGGCAAGAGUUCAGCAGCAGACCCUAGAGGAAAAAGAGAGAGCUCAAAAGAAGGCCAUAGAGGAACAGGAAAAAGUCCAGAAAGCCCUGAAAGAAUUGGCAAGAGUUCAGAAAGAGGCCCUAGAAGAACAAGAGGGUGCUCAGAAGAAAGCUGUAGAGGAACAGAAGAGGGCUAAAAGGUCUCUGGAGGAAUUGGAGAGAGCUCAAAAAGAGGCCCUGGAGGAACUUGAGAGAGCUCAAAAAGAGGCCCUGGAGGAACAAGAAAGAGCUCAGAAGAAAUCUCUGGAGGAACAGGAGAAGACUAAAAAAGGCCUGGAAGAAUUGGAGAAAGCUCAGAAAAAGGCUUUGGAGGAACUGGAGAGAGCUCAGAAAGAGGCUCUGGAGGAACAAGAGAAAAUUCAGAAAAAAGCCCUAGAGGAACAGAUGAAGGCUCAGAAAACUAUGCAAGAACUGGUGAGAACUCAGAAAGAGGCUCUAGAUGAACAAGAGAGAGUUCAGAAGCAGGCUAUACAGGAACAGGACAGAGCUAAAAAGUCUAUGGAGGAACUGGAGAAAGCUCAGAAAAAGGCCUUGGAGGAGCUGCAGAAAGUUCAGAAAGAGGCCCUGGCGGAACAAGAGAAAGUUCAGAAGAAGGCCCUGGAGGAACAGAAGAUGGCUCAGAAAGCUCUGGAAAAACUAGAGAAAGCUCAGAAAAAGUCCCUAGAGGAGCUGGAGAGAGUUCGGAAAGGAGUCCUGGAUGAGCAAGAAAAAGCUCAGAAGACAACCCUGGAGGAACAUGAGAGAACUCAGAAAAAGGUUCCAGAGGAACAGGAGGAAACUCAGAAAGAGGCCCCAGGAGAACAUGAAAGAGUUCAUAAAAAUUUUUGUGAAGACCUGGAAAGAGUUCAGAAAAAGGACUUACAGGAAUGGGAGACAGCUCAUAAAAAGGUCUGUGUAGAACAGGAGCAAGAUCAGGAGAAAGACAUAGAAGAACAGGAUAGAGCCAUGGAGGAACAACUAGAAACUCAAAAAGAGCCAGAGAAUGCAACAAAAAGUUCAUUAAGACCUCUUGCAAAAUCCAUUUGGGACUAUUUUGAAUCAGGCUAGACUCAGAAGUCUGACCCAUUGCCUGAAUUUUUUCUGGAAUCCAGCAAACAUUAAUACAUACAGGAAUCAGUGCAUGCUACUGCAUUGUGUAAGUUUAGAGGUCAUGUACAACCACUGUUUCAUUAACAUUAAAACACAAAUGGAAAAAGUCUGUUCAUAUUCUUUUUUAUUUCUC